AUGGUCAAGGAAAUCGGCCAAGCUGCCGUCAAGAACCCAGAUGGUUACGUAGGCAAUCUCACCGAUGAACAGGACAAGAAGCUUCGUGCUGCCUGGAAGCAGUAUUUUGAGAUCCUCGACAAGGCAAAGGGAGACAACAAGAAGGGCGGCGGAGGCGGAGGUGGAGGCGGCGACGGUGGUGAGGAAGUCGUAGACGACCCCAAGAAGGCCGGAAUCUCCAACGAUGACAAUGCCAAGGAGGAAGCCAAGAAGCAAGAAGAGCAAAAGGCACUCAAUGAGCUCACCGAGCAAUACGGCACCGACGCCCUCAGGGACGCCUUUUGGAAAUUCUGCAAGCUCGACGACCCUGACACUUGCGUGCUUCGCUUCAUGCGAGCUCGAAAGUGGGAUACUGACCGAGCCAUUGCCAUGUUGGCUGGCUGCAUGAAAUGGCGACUGGACAAUGACAUCGAGGGUCUCGUAGAGGCAGGUGAUAUUGGCAAUGACAAGAACAUUGAAAAGUUCAUCGAACAACACACUUCUGGUAAGACGUACGCCUUUGGCGCCUCCGUCGAAGAACAUCCCGUCUGCUACAUUCACGUCAGGAAGCACUUUACCAAAGGUCAGCCACCCGAGACGAUGCAAAAGUUCAUUGCCUACCAGAUGGAGACGUUCCGGCUACUCCUUGUCCCACCCAAUGACAAGGUCGUCCUCUUCUUCGACUUGAACAACUUUGGUCUCAAGAACAUGGAUUGGUCUGCCAUUCUCUACAUUGUCAAGUGUCUAGAGGCCUAUUUCCCCGAGUCGCUCCACACUUUGAUCAUCUACAAGGCUCCUUGGGUCUUCAGUGGUAUUUGGAAGAUUCUCAGCCCAAUGCUAGACCCCGUCGUGCGAUCAAAGGUCGUCUUUAUGAGCAAGCCCGCUGAGUGCGAGCAUCUCCUCCCCGCCGAUCGCCUCGUCGAGGAGCUUGGUGGAGACGUCGAAUUCGACUGGGAGAAGCGAUGGAUUGAGCCAAAGGAAGGCGAGAACAGAUUCCAAGACGACAAGGAGGAAAAGGAAAAGCGCUUCGACACUUUUAUGAAGCACGCUGGCGAGUAUGAAGAGGUGACCAAGAAGUGGGCGGAUGGAUCGAAUGACAAGGAGGUUCUAGAGAAGCGUCGACUAUUGGUCAAGAAGCUUCGUGUAGCUCAAUACGAGUCCGACGUCUACUCGCGAGGUCGUACCCAGCUGCACCGUGAUGCUACCCUGGACGGACAAGGCAAGGUCACUUGGUUGUACAAGCUCAAGUCUGGAGAGGAGAUCCGCCACGUCGUCGGUCGACAGCACUGCUGUGCGGUGAUGAAGCGCGAGAUCAAGGAGAUGGAAGAGGACAACAAGUCUUCGGAAGAAGUCGAAAAGAAGAGUUCUGAAGCCCUCAACAAUUCAGACUGGGUCGCUCUGUACGGUUCUGAGGAGCUGGCGCAGAAGCUCGAAGGAGAGAGACUGAAGGACAAUACUCCUGAUGUACCAGAGGACAACUCCAAGGCCGUUGAAGUGGCCAAUGUUCCUGCGGGCUCGGUUCAAGGUGUUCCAAAGGAGGGUGCCAGUGGAGGUGGUGAUGAAGGAGGGGAAUCUCAGGGUCAAGACGAGAAGAAGAAGAAGAAGGGAAGUGACGAUGCAGAAGAAGCCGCUGGUGCUGGUGCUGCUGCUGGCGCUGCCGGUGGUGCUGCUGCCGCUGCUGGAGCUGCGUCCAAGAGCGGUGGAGAAGACUUCCACGACGCCCCCGUCGCAGAGAAAAAGACGAUUGAAAAGGCCGUUUCUCGUGAUCACAUUGCAAUGCCUCAAGAUGAAAAGGCUACUCCUACCAAGGAUGCAGACGCUUCCGAGUCCAAUGGAAACGCCAAUGCAAAUGGCAACGGCAACGGAGGUAGCAAUGGUGACAAUGGAAAGAACACAAAGGAGACGCUCAAGCAGAAGACGGUCGAUGCACCCAAGGACAAGAUGGACAAGCUGGGAUCCAAGUUCAAGGGAAUGAUGAACAAGGUCAAGUGA